UCAAAUAACCAAACCCUCACUGGACAUUUCCGUCACUACGUCGAGAGUAGCAGUCGUUCGUUUAUAAGCCCCCUACAUAGUGCACCAACCUAGUGAUUAGGAGAUGGAUUUGGAAGGGUGUUAUUCCUGACUAUUCGGAUUUGCUCUGUUGGGUGGACUGGCGUGUUUUAUCUUCUCUGUCAUGAAGUGAAUUGAAACGGGAUCUGGGGAGACUUGGGUGUUUUCGGCGGUACGUUUGUUGGAUUUCAAGGACAAAUCCUCACCAAAAAUUACUGAUGUGUUUAUUUAAAAAAAAAAAAAAGAGCUGGAAGUACACGGAAAGAGUGAUUUGUUUGCUUUAUUUAGUCAUUAGGAUGGAGCGUCUGACUGUUGACACAGUGGAUAAACUUUUACGACAGUCUCGUGGAGGAGAUUUGAAACAAAACCCCGUUUUCUGAAUCAUUUCUUGGAGACUGAACGAUUUCUGGCAGACUUCUCGGAUGGAGCUGGCUAGAUAACAGUUAGCCGGCUAGCUAACUAGCUUGCAGUGCUAACUGUCCGAAGAUGGAUAUUCAUUUUUAGUCAAGAUAGCCCCCUAAAGGAGAAAUAUAAAUUAUUCGGCUUAAAAAGGACAUUUGAGUGAGUUGCUGGCUCAAACCUGUUUUAACACCGUGUUACUGGUCACUGUAACACUGUAACUGUUCAUGUAACGUGCCUGGAGAGACGCGGUGUCAUCAUAGACCUGAGAUACUUUGUGGUCUAACAACAAAUAACACUUCUACAGCUGGGACAAACUUCCCUGGACUGCUAUUUCUAAAACAAUGGGUUCAUUAAAAGCCCUCCAGGAGUGGUGUCGAGUGCAGUGUGGGGGAUACAAUGAUGUGGAGAUUAAGAACAUGGCAGCGUCCUUCAGAGAUGGACUGGCUUUCUGUGCCAUCAUACACAAACACAGGCCUGAUUUAAUAGACUUUGAUGCCCUCUCCAAAGAAAAUGUCUACGAGAACAACCGGUUGGCAUUUGAGGUGGCAGAGACAGAGCUGGGUAUCCCGGCCCUGUUGGACGCAGAUGACAUGGUGUCUAUGAAAGUGCCUGACCGUCUCAGUGUCAUAACCUACGUGUCGCAAUACUACAACUAUUUCACCAACAAAUCUCAAGCUAAUCCUCCCUGUAUGAAGAGACCGGCCAGUUCAGGUCAAAUUGAACCAGCAAUAAAGAAAUCUCCCACACCCCUCGAAGACAAAACCAUAACAUCUGAGUCGAAUGCAGACAGCCAAUCAAAACGCAACACUCUGAGCAGUACGUGUGCUGCCUGCGAGAAACAUGUUCAUCUGGUACAGAGGUUCCUAGUCGAUGGUAAACUCUACCAUCGCAACUGUUUCAGGUGUAUGGAAUGUAGCAGCACUUUAUUGCCUGGCUCUUAUAAGCUUGUGGGAGAUGCUGGAUCUCUGGUCUGCACACACCACUUCACCAGGAUAUCGUCAAACAGCCAGAACGGCCGUCCAGAUCUGAGCAAGCAACUUAGCCCACUAUCAUCCAACUCCAGCCCUGAAUCCACUCCAAGUGGGGAAGGUUUGGAAAAAGCACUGCCAGAGUGCUCGGAUGCCAAUGAACACAUCACUCCAUCUGAUGACUUGCCCAAAACACACUCUCUGGAGAGAGAGACCAGCCAGAAUGAAAAGGGAGGGAAAGAGAUAAGAGAGGAAUUUGAGGAUGGUGUGAAAGUACAGAUAGAACCCUGCCCUCCAAGUCCGCCAAAUCCUUUUGAUGAAUCUGACAAAGAAGAACUAAAAGAGGAAGAGCAGCCGGAGGCAGCUACAGAAGUCGCUAAUGGAGACCUUCCUGUGACCUCAACAAGGAGCACCGCUGAAGAGAAUCGACCAGUACCUGCCCCUAGAAAAGUGUCCGAUUCCUCCCCUCCUGUGCGUCCUGUGCCCAGGCCACGCCCACCAAGACCUUUGCAGAGUCCAGCAGUCAGCGAAAACGAAGGUGAUCGCAGACCAGUUCCACGUGAAAGGUCCCAGUCACCUGCAAGCUCCAUUCAGUCCAGUGACAAUCCUAAAACCAAAGACCCUCCCUGGCUGGCUCUUGUCAAACAAGAGUCCAAGAAAAAGUUGGCUCCUCCUCCUCCCAGAGCUCUAGCCACUCCUCCUCAUUCAUCAUCCACCCCUGCCAAGAUCGAGGAGGAAACUCGUCCAGCCACACCCCCCAACCCCUUUGAUGAUGAGGACAAUGAGGAGGCAACGGCCGAAUCCACAGAAGUGCCAGUUCCGUCUUCUGUGGUUGCAGUCCAUCCGUGGUACGGGAUUUCCCAGACUGCUGAAGGCACUACUGAGGACCCCACCCACACCAAGUGUCCAGGAAGUGGCAGGAGCAAAAAACGGCCAGCGCCCAGAGCUCCAAAAUCUGUUCCUACAGCUCUUCCUUCUUCUCAGUCUUCCUCUGCCUGUCCCUCUCCAGCUCUGAGCACUGAGAGCCUGUCCUCCUCUUCAUCAGACCACGGCUUCUCCCGACCCGCUGCCACAACCUCUGCUUCCCCACGACAAUCCGUUACCGAACAGGAACAUCUGUUCACCAAAAGCGUGUCAGAGCCGUCAAUUAGCAGUCCUGGCUCCUCCCCCUCAGCUCUUUCCUCUGAAACCAAGCCACUUCUAUCACCUAGUCCCUCUCCGUCACACCCCCACAGUAAUAAUACUUGCUCAGCACCAGCCACACCCGAGACAAACAGGAGCGCAGGAAGCAAAGUGAUGAGACCGCCCCCUCCACGCCCACCAGCUGCACCAAGUCCUCUGAUUAGCUCUCAUUCCUCACAGCAAAAUACACCCAAGCGGGUAAACCCUUUUAAUAGGAAAGCUUCCCCAACAGUCACCUCACCACAGUCCAGACCCCCUAAAGGCCCUCGACCUGCUCGCCCUCCUGCCCCUGGACACGGCUUCCCUCUCAUCAAACGCAAGGUACAGUCCGAUCAGUACAUCCCUGUUGAGGACAUACAUGUGGAGAUGGGGACACUUGAGAGGCAGUUGGAUGAGCUGGAGCAGAGAGGAGUGGACCUGGAGCAGAGGCUCAGAGAAUGCUCUAAUGAGGAAGAGGAGGAGCGGCUGCUGGUGGACUGGUUCACUCUGAUUCAUGAGAAACAUCUACUGGUACGCAGAGAGGCUGAGCUGGUGUACACGGUGAAGCAGCAGCAUCUGGAAGAAAGGCAAGCUGACGUGGAGUAUGAGCUUAGGUGUCUCCUCAACAAACCAGGUGUGUUUUUCUGGUUCCCACCCAAAAUAAACCAGAACACACCUGAUUCAAAGAAAGAGUGGAAUGAUGAGGAUCGCGACCGGGAGAAGCAGCUGAUGGACGAGUUGGUGACCAUCAUCGAGCAGAGGAACCAGAUCAUCAACACCAUGGAUCAGGACAGACAGAGGGAAGAGGAGGAGGACAAGCUAGUGGCUGCCAUGUUAAAGAAAAAAGAGUUCCAUGGCGAGAGUGAACACAGGAAGAAGCCCGGGAAGUUUAAACCCAUGAAAGUGCUGAAAAGGCUGAGCCAUAAAGGUGAAGUCACAAAGAGCCCAAGUCCAAGGAAGGAAAAAAGCUGAGAACGAUACAUGGACUGACACGUUCAUUUAAAUCUAAGGCUUCAGCAAGUUCCUCCUGAACUCUUUAAUGAGUAAAAUGACUCCUAAUUGGCUGGGUGCAAACUGACACCCUGAACACAGCCACUUCUCAUUAUAACUUACCUUUAUACACCAGUUGCAGUGUCAUUAAUUAAUGAGGAGCUCAAGCCUGACAAUGGCUUUUACCUCGUACCUUUUCAUUACUAAAUCCAAAUCUGAAGAAAAUGUCAUUUAUCCUGAAUAGCUGAUCAGCCAAGACAUGCUUAGCAUUUGCCAUUUACAUUUUUUGCACUGGAUCAUGUGUGGUAGCCUGCGGAAAUCCUUCUCAUGGUGACCAUUUCUGCUGUAUGUAGUUCUGGAAACAACAGACUUUCCUCAACUUUUUUGUUUUGCAUGCAUCUGAAUCACAAGUAGUUAAUGGAUUUAAAAAUUCCUUCCCUGAUUUUUCCGAUGAGUUUUCCCAAAGUACCACAAAGAAGCAUUUCUUUAAGAUUUGGAACAUUUGUCAUUCUGCUGAGAAGCAAAAAUGAAAAAAAUAUGCAAGAAUGGUUAACAUCGGGUAUGAGAAGGUUGGUUUGCUCAAUCGUGCAUUUUAGGUAUUUAACUAAUGUCUUGGUGUGGUGUGUGUGAAGUGUAACAUGCAUUUAGGAUCUCUUGAAGCAUGAGGCAUGGAGAACGGGUGGACGAGCAGAAACCGCAAGCUUUUAAAAAUGUAUAUCUAUACAUGUACAGUCUGGUGCUAGGGACGGUUUCUGAUGCAACUCUCAUGCAGAGCUAUUACCCAUCAUCCAUUGCACUUUCUCAGUGUAGAAACAUGAUUCAAAUGUAUCUGAGUUGGAAGAGAGUGAUGACUCUUAACUGGGUUCAGUUGAGGUCAUGUGCAAAACCCUGGUUUCAAAACAUUAAAUCAGCAAUUGAGCAUCAUAUACCUGGAUCAAUCGCCUAAUCAUGCAGUUAGCAAGGAACGGUUUCAUGGAUACGCUAAUAAUGCUAUUAUAAUACAGCAUGUACAGUCAGUUUCUUGUCUGCGUGUAUAAAACUUGCUGCGUCUAAUGUAAAAAGGAAGCCUUCUUAACAUUAGCUAUUUCUUUACCAUUAAAGAUACACAAACUGACUAACUUUUUAAAUGUAGUAAUAUUUUAUUACCAUAAAAUUGCUCAGCAUUUUUAGAAAGCCCAGGAAAUGCCACCUUUGCAAUACCAUGUUUAAUUCAUACUCUUAGAAAUGCCUUGGCGUGUUUUGAGUGAAAUGUUCGGUUUUAGUCUCUGUUGUUUAUGUAUUUAUAACAAAAGUCUUGAUGUAGAAUAUGUAUAUGUAUCUCGAUAUAGAUGUCGCCGUUUCCGUAUGUUUGUUUUAACUCUGUAUGUUUGAGUCUUUGUGCCUCUAAGUUAAAAAAAAAAAAAAAAAGGGCUUUCGUUGCAUAAAAAUGUGUUUAAAAACAUG